GAGCCCGCCCGCGGCGCUAGCAGGGUACUGCGCUCGGCGUGAGGUCAGCGCGGCUCCGUUCCCUCCUUCUCCUCCCCUAGCCGGGCCCGCAGGGGAGAGUGACACUGACCAGGCGGCUCCGUCCCGGCGGCAGCCCCCCGCGCCCCCCUCCGCUUCUGAUAAGCAGUUUCUGAGGACUGAAGGACCGGCUAAAGGGAACACCUGCUUUUGAGGUCUGCAUACAGAGAUCAAUUUGUCUGGAGAGCUUCCAUAAUAACUAGAGGUUGCAGAGGUGCUAAAGGAUGGCUGACUUGGAUCACAACCUGAGUCUUGCGGAUGCUCUGACAGAGCCGCCUCCUGAGAUUGAGGAAGAAGUGAAAAGGGACUUCAUUGCCAGUCUGGAAGCAGAGAAAUUUGAUGAUGUGGUUGGAGAAACAGUAGAUAAAACAGACUAUGUUCCUCUGCUGGAUGAUGAUGAUGAAAAAGCUGGGAGCCAGGAGCCAAAAAGCAAACCCCAUGCAGAUGGUAUUCAGGGGGAACAUACUUCAGCUACUGGGCCGACAGUUCUAGAAAAUGGUGACCAUGGAAUAGAAGAUCACCGCACAGUAUUCCCAGGAGAAAUCAUGGAUGAAAAGCUGUCUUACAAAGAAUUUCUCGAUCGCAAUGAGUCCUGGACGAUGGACGACAGAGACCUGUGCUUUGAAUCACAGCCCGUAUUCAGACCCAUGGAGAUGGCUGACCCCUUCAGCACGCACAGAGGGGAGAAUCUGCCUGACUUACUGUUCCCUACUGACAUGAAGAAUGUGCCACUGUUUACAGACCAUGUUGAUGCUUCCAGAGACAUCCAUGCACCACAUGGAUCUGUGCUGGUACCUGAACAACCUUUCUUGGGGCCCCUGUAUUCUCCUGCAGAGGCUCUAGAUCCAUCAGCCUUCAUGGGCCUGGAUUCAACUGCAGAUUUUCUGCAAGCUGAAGAAGAACAUUGGAUGGGAGCUCAGCAUGAUGUGAAGGGACCAGAUGCCUCUUUCUUUGUUGAGCCACCAGUGUCCUCCACCAUGACAGAAGCAAUAAAGGUGAAUUUGCCGGAAAGCCCCAUGGCAGCGGCUCCUGGUUUCGUUCCUACUGCAGUAGCAGCACCCCCAGGAGAGGCUGAUGCUGCUGGUGGACCUAAAGGUGUGGCAUCAGAUUCAGCGUGUGUUCCUGCCUCGGAUGUCAUGUCUGUUUCUGCAGAAAAAGCUGGGUCCAUCCUUGCAGAAGACACCAAGCCGCCUGGAGCUCUGGAUGCUGGAUUUGCACCUCCAGCCAAAGCCAGCCCUCUUCUGGAUGUUGCGUUUGCUUCUGCACCAGAAGCCAAACCUCCUAAUGCUGUCAAUGAUGCAUCCGUCCCAGCGGCAGAUACUGGCUUCAGCCCAGCAGCAGGUGCCAUGUCCCAUUAUACUAUGGAUUUGGAGUUUGCCCCAGCAGAAGAUGCAGGGUUUGCCCCAGCAGCAGAUGUGGAAUCUCACCAUGCGAUGGAUUUCUCAUUUGCCCCAGCAGCAGAUACUGAAUCUCCUCAUGCUAUGGAUUCUGAGUUUGCCCCAGCAGCAGAUACUGAAUCUCCUCAUGCUAUGGAUUCUGAGUUUGCCCCAGCAGCAGAUACUGAAUCUCCUCAUGCUAUGGAUUCUGAGUUUGCCCCAGCAACAGAUACUAAAUCUCCUCAUGCUAUGGAUUCUGAGUUUGCCCCAGCAACAGAUACUAAAUCUCCUCAUGCUAUGGAUUCUGAGUUUGCCCCAGCAACAGAUACUAAAUCUCCUCAUGCUAUGGAUUCUGAGUUUGCCCCAGCAACAGAUACUAAAUCUCCUCAUGCUAUGGAUUCUGAGUUUGCCCCAGCAACAGAUACUAAAUCUCCUCAUGCUAUGGAUUCUGAGUUUGCCCCAGCAACAGAUACUAAAUCUCCUCAUGCUAUGGAUUCUGAGUUUGCCCCAGCAACAGAUACUAAAUCUCCUCAUGCUAUGGAUUCUGAGUUUGCCCCAGCAACAGAUACUAAAUCUCCUCAUGCUAUGGAUUCUGAGUUUGCCCCAGCAACAGAUACUAAAUCUCCUCAUGCUAUGGAUUCUGAGUUUGCCCCAGCAACAGAUGCAGAGUUUGCCCCAGCAGCAGAAGUCAACCACCAUCAUGCUAUGGAUUCUGGGUUUGCUGCUGUAGCAGAAGCCAAGCCUCCUUCCACCAUAGAUUCCAGGUUUGCCUCUGCAGAAGCUAAGUCUGUCCCUGCAGCUGACACCAAGAGUGUUGCAUCUGAAGAGCUGAUGACGUCUAAGUCUUCUCUUGAGCAAGACAAGUCACCCUUCGACAAGCCUCUUGCAGAAGCAACUGCAAAUGUAGAACAAGAAUCAAAAGUCCCAGAAGCUUGCGUUGGUCUUCUAGAAAAAGCUGAAGACAGCCGACCACCUCCCAGCCACCAUGAAGAGCAUCUUCCAGAACAGACAAACCAUAUUUCAGAGCCUGCAGUUCCAGUAGAAGCAAAAGAAGCUGUUUCACUAGAAAAUAAAGACCUCCUUCCGGAAAAAUCUGUUACUGCUGUGGAUGUGACCGUUACAGAGAAACAAAAGGAGGCGGCUGAACACAACCAUGUCCAACAUGCAGAACCUCAGCAAGAAAAAGCCCUGCAGGAGCCCACAGGUCUACCUACUGCACAAAUAAGGCAAGCUAACAAAUCAAGUGAACGCAGGUUUGGCAGAGCAAAACCUGCACCAGUGCCCAUUACAGAUGUACCAGAGGAACGUCUAAUAGGUAUCCCACAACAGAAGAGUACUGACCCAAAAGUAGACCCCUGUUCUGUAGUGGAACUCAGAUGUGUUGCUGGAACAUCCCCUCGCAGUAGGUUUUCACAUAAGAAGGCGACUGAGCAGCCAUCUGGUGUGCUGUCGGAGUCUGUGGAGAGCUGCGGAGAUCUGCCAAGGGAGAGCUGGGAUUUGGAAGGUUCUCUGGCCAUUGUGAAGAAAAAGAAAAAGAAACCAAAACAAAAGAGAAACCAGCUGCCAAGAACAAUGGAGUUCUGGGAUGAAAAUGUAACAGUCUCAAAAGCUCCUAGAAACUCUCCGUUUGCUGCUGAAUUGCGAAAACCAGAUGCGUGUCCUGUAAUGCCUGCUGAAACUCACAGAGAGCAGUCAGUUGCCUCAGGAAGCAGAGCUUCAGGUAUGCCAAAGGAUGCUAAAAUAACAACUGGAAGUCCUAUCCUGGGUGAACAAAAUGCCUUCUCAGUGCCAGCACCAGGACAGCAGGCCCCAAAGCCCAGUGCACCGUUAGAAUCUGUGUUGGAUGCAAAAAAUGGGGUUGUCAUGAAAACAGAAGAAACGAGAGAUGGUAGUUUGAUGCUGCAAUCUAAAGGCAAAAGAAAAGAAGUUCCCGUGGAGCAGGUAGGCAAGACUAAGGUGGGGGAAUCUGUUACAGCAAAGGGGCCAAUCAAGCCUAUGGAGAAAGAUUUUCUUGAUAAAAAUGAGAAGAGGGAGUAUAAGGAGUCAAAAAGUGCUGACCUGAUGGCACCUCUUUCAGAAGCGAUCCAUCUAAGCAAAGUGGAAGCUGCUUUACAGACCAAACCUUCAGAAUUGCUCCUUUCUGAUAAAGAUAAUGAGGCUAAAUGCAUAUCUCCCAGGCGUGAGGCAUUCAGUGACACUGUCCAUCCUGAGCUUCAGACUUCCAGUGGAUCACUGGAAGCAGCAGCAAAGGAAGGAGGUAGUUGUGAAAAAAGCAAAGGGGUUGAAAAUGAAGCCUGCAAACAGCCUGCUGUUCUAGAGGCUGCAGCGCGGUUGGACAAGCUUCCUAACGAGCCAGAGGCAGCCGAUGAAGCUAAAACCAUGUCCUUGGAUAAGUGCAUGGCCAUUGACUUUAGUACUUCAGGGGGGGUAUUGAAGACCCCAACAGAUACUACUAAAAUGCCUGUUACACCAUUAGUUGUACCAAAACCUAAGGAAGUUACUGCUUUGCAAAACAGAAAGGCUGAUGGUUUUUCAGAGCAGCCAUUUCUUCUGUCGGAUAAAUCUGAUGCAACCAAACUUCCCACCUCCGCUGAAGCAGUGGGCAGAAUGAUGGUAGCAGAUUCCCCUGAUAAAAACAAAGGGAAAGGAUUUAUUGCGUUAGAGCAGCAGACUGGAAAAGAUCCCAAUAUUGCAUAUGGGAUGGACAGACCUAAAAAAAAGCGUGGUGAAGGGAAAGUAAAAAAAAUAAAAAGCUUCUCAGAGCAGAUUAUGUUUUCGGAGGAUCUAAGCGAACCUACUGGUGGAGUGAGGACAGGUGAGGUGAUAAAAGAAAUAGCUUACCCGGAUAAAGGCAGAGGUUUUGCUUCUAGAGGACAUCCAUCAGUAAGCAUUACACAUGCAUAUCCUGCAGACGAGCCAAAAAAGAGAAGUAGUGAUGGAAGAAGUAAAAAAGGUGACAAAAGUUUUUUCCAGCAGCCUUUUCUUGACAAUAAGAUGGAUCCAAGUAGUUUUCCUGAAAUAAUUGAUAAAACUAAGGAAGUCAGUGAUAAAGGCAGAGAGAGGGGCUGUAUUACUGCUGAGUGUUUUAGGGAGAAUACACCAGAUAUAACUAAAACACAAAGGCCAAUUGAACUGGUAACAGAGGAGCCUAAAGAAAACACUGGGGAAAAGGAAAUAGCUGAUUUGGGUGCUUUAGACCAACCAUUCCUGCAGGAGAGUAGGAGAGAGGCAGCAAAACAUCUUGCUAUGGCUGGCCCACUCAGCCAAACAAAAGAGGUUGAUUUGGUUAAUAAAGGCAGAGAGGCUGGAAUUAUCUCUGCAGGUGAAUCAGUUGUGGUAAAUUCUGAUGCAACACUGGUGGCAGACAAACCUAGGAAGAGGUGUAGUGAUGGGAAACAAAAAAGUCCUUUGGGGCCGGCAGCUGUCUUGGAUGCUGAGGUGGAAACAAGCAAUCUUCCGAGCAAAGAUAAGGUGGCUGGAAGCACAAAAGACAGGACCUUUGGUAAAGAUCCCGUGUCUGGUUUUGAAAAAGAGCUUUUGCUGGAGAAUCAGGCAGGUAUAACCAAAAAGGUGCUGGAAAAGCCUGAAAUACAGUGUGGCAAUAGAAGUUUCUCUAAUCAGCCAAUUCUUCCAGGUCGUGAGACAGUAGAGCCAGAAAUAGUCAACACUAAAGAAACUUGGCCCAAGAGUAAAGGUAGGGAGCUAGGUACACCCGAGCCUCUCCCAGAGCACAGGAGAGACGCAGCCGUAGCACAUAGCCCAACCAAGGAACCGGUGAUGGAGAAGCCCAAGAAAAAAAGCAGAGAUGUGAAAGGCAAAAAGGCUGAAAAUAGUCUUGAGCAUCCUGCUGCACUGGGUCCAGGUAACGCCCCUGCAGUAGGUGAACAGGUGGGAAAUAUUAAUCAAAUUCAGCCUUUUGAUAAAGGCAAAGAGACUAGUUCCGGUACUUUAGCAAGUCUGCUAGAUGACUUAACUGAUACUACUAAAGUGCAAGCUCCUGCUAGUCCUCCAGAGCCAGAAAAAUCACACGCAAGUAGUAAAGACAAAUGCAAAAAGACGGAGGCUAACUUACAGCAGCCAUUUCUUCUGGAGCAUAAAGCAGGUGCGGAACUGUUUCCUCCUUGUAACGUGGAGGUAACUGACAAACCUGAGGCAGAAGCUCCUGCUCCGUGCAGGGAGGUGGGUAGACUCGCUAUCCUAGAGCGUCCAGCAGCGGCAGCUCACGCUCAGGCUGCAGUAACUGAUAGAUCUAAAAAGAGGGGUUAUGAUGGAAGCAGUAAAAAGGCUAAAAAUGCCCCUGAACAGCCUGUUUUUCCAGAGACAAAACCAAAGAGGACUGAAGUGCAGCCUCCCAGGGGAUCUGAGAUGGCAUAUGGAAUGGAAGACAUGGAUUUUGUUGAUGAAAACAGAAAUAUUAAAAACUUUCCUACUGGCCCUCAAAUGCUUUGGAAUAAUAAAGGAAGCCACUUUGAACCCUUUGCUCAGACUGCAGUAACUGGCCCCAGUAACACCGGUGAUGUUUCUCCUGGCUUCCCAAAGCAGGCAGAUGAGGCUGCAAGAAGUGAGGGGCUUCCUCCUUCUGAAGCAGUAGCAGAGAAAAGCAGCAAAGAGCCCGGAGCUGGUGCUAAGAAGGAAAUACAGACGCAGAAAUCUUGUGAGCAACCGAUCAAUCUGGGGCACAAAGAGCCUGGAAAAGAGAUUUCAAAGAAAGAUGGUAAAACCAAAGGGACUGGUUCCCAGGAUAGCAGUGAGGCAGGGAAACCACUUUCUUUGGAUCAUUCAGUUAAAUGGGACAUUAAAUCAAAGAAGGACGAAGUUCACCUUUCUCCUGGGGCAAAGGUGGGUGAUAAAGAAGUAAGAACCACUGAUAAAAAGCACAACACUGACAACACUUCCUCAGACCUUCCUCAGAAGGUGGCAGAUUCAAAAAACAGACCAGCUCCUGUAGAUGCCAAAGGGACAGAGAAACCAGAAGCAACCAUCUCUUUUGGAGAGAAGGCCACUGGGUGCAUUUCCCCAGAACUUGCAGUGACACCAGAGAGCAAAGCAGAAGCAACUGUGCCGCGGGCUGUGGCAGAAGCGUCGAUGGAGAAUAAAGCUGAAGGGGCUGAGCUGGAUGGAGGCAAGAAGAAUGAGCAGAGCUCGCUGAAGUGCUUGGGCAGUUUGGACAAUAAAGCGACUGAAGCAGAGGCUGCAGGUUUAAACCCGACAGCUGCCCAGACAACCAAAAUUGGUCCUGAAGGUGACCAUAAAGGUCAUCCUCAGCCUGCAGAAGAGGAUGCUGCUUCCGCUGGGGAAGCUCACCUGAAGGAUGCUGCGGCGUUGAAGACUGAAGUAGAUAAACCUCAAGAUGCAACUAAAGAAAAAGAAGAAGAAUGUGAACAAAAAGCCGUGAAGGAGGCAAAGAAAGAGAGAGUUAAAGCAGCAGAACAGAUAAAAGGCUACAUGAGACCCACAAAGGCAAGAGGGGUGCCGACUCUGCCAGCCAGGUCUGCUGCUCCAGACACAGAGAAACAAAGGCAGCUGAAACCCACUGGUAUGAGCCGGCAGAGGCAAGAAAAAGCAAAACCAGAGGAGACCAAACCAGCUGAAGCUGUGACAGGGAACGAUAUCACAGCACCUCCCAACAAAGAGCUUCCUCCCAGCCCUGAGAAGAAGACAAAGCCUGCCGCAUCCACAUCAUCUGCAAAGCCUGCAGCAACGAAAGCCAGGCCCCUGUCCGCUACCAGCCCUAAGCGGCCAGCCUCUGCCACGCCUGGCCCAAACAAAAAACCCACGAGCCCUACUGCAGGUCCUACUCCAGCCACUACUGCUAAACGCCCAGCCACCAGUACUACACGUCCCUCCACCUUAACUCCAAAAGAGACUAAACCAAAGGUUGCAGAUGCGAAGACCGCAGAGAAGCGGACCUCACUGUCAAAGACUCCAUCAUCUGCCUGUCCUAAAACUACUGUCAGGAGCACCCCUACUACUCCUAGGACCACAGCAGCAUCACCGGUCACUGCAACCACUGCUGCAAAAAAUACUGCUACUUCUCCACCGAAGCGGCCCACAUCUAUCAAGACUGAUGCAAAGCCUGCAGAUGCUAAGAAGACCUCUGCGAAGUCGCCAUCAGCAGACUUGAGCCGCCCUAAGAGCGCUACUGGGAAUGUGGUAAAAAGUAGCGCCACAACUCCUACCACCACUUCCAGUGCACCCACCUUACCUGGAGUAGCCACCAGUCGUCCCAAAACCAAGCCUGCUGCAACCAAACCCACCACAACCUCAACUGCAACAGCAGAUGCUAAAAAAACAACUGCGAAGGCUCCGACUAAACCUGUUUCCAAGCCUUCUCGCCCGACCAGCAGCGUUUCUGCUCCAGAUCUGAAAAAUGUACGUUCCAAAAUUGGAUCAACAGAUAAUAUUAAGCAUCAGCCUGGCGGAGGAAAGGGGAAAAUAGAGAAAAAGACAGAAUCAGCCGCUGCUGCACGAAAGUCUGAACCCAGUGCGGUCUCUAAAAUGGCUACUACUAAAACAACCGUAUCAAAAGAGGGUGCCCCAAAACAGCCCAAUGGGAAAGUCCAGAUAGUCUCCAAAAAAGCGAACUACAGCCAUGUUCAGUCCAAGUGUGGUUCCAAGGACAAUAUUAAGCAUGUCCCUGGAGGUGGGAAUGUGCAAAUCCAGAACAAGAAAGUUGACCUUUCCAAAGUGUCCUCGAAGUGUGGCUCUAAAGCAAAUAUCAAGCAUAAGCCAGGGGGAGGAGAUGUCAAAAUUGAGAACCAGAAGCUGAACUUCAAGGAGAAGGCCCAAGCCAAAGUGGGUUCUCUGGACAACGUGGGACACUUGCCAGCAGGAGGAACUGUGAAGAUUGAAUCUCACAAGCUGAUGUUCCGUGAGAAGGCCAAGGCUCGCACAGACCACGGAGCAGAAAUCGUCGUCUCCAAACCCCUCAACCCUCCCAGCAGCACUUCCCCCCGGCGUAGCACAUCCGUCAGCGAGAGCCUGGGCUCAGUCGCCUCCUUGUCACCGCUGCAACAGCCAGCGCCCCUUGCAGCGCUUUCUCAGCAAGGCUUGUGACCCUUCCCAGCCCCGUCCCCCCCCCCCCACCCCCCCCCCCCAGAGUAACGCAGCUUGGCUCUCUUAACCCGGCGUCUGGCUUCAGGUGGGAAGGGGACAGCGUUUAGCAGGGCUAGCGUCCCUUUCGGCUGCGCUGACUUCUCGAAGCACCCUGGAGGCUCGCCCCUGCCCGAGCGUGCCAGGCUUCUGGUGGUCCCUUCUUGGCUGGAAAAGGUUUCCCUCCCUCUCCGCGCCUCGUCCCUUUGGCUUUUAGGGGGAUGCUAGAGUGAGCGUUAAUGUCGUGUGCGGGGAUGGGCACCCGGGGGCUCCCACAGGGCCUGGGCGGCGGGGGCUGGGGAGGAGCAUGCCUGUGCUGCUGGUGGCUGAAGCCAGGCCAGAGUUGAUAGGGAUAAGCUGUGAUCUUUCUUUCUGUCUUUUUUUUUUUUUUUUUAAGAGAAAAAAAAACCCACCAACAAACCUUUUCCUCUUUGCUGCUUCAGUUUCCGCUGAUCCUGUUUGAUGAUGAUAUAUAUUAUACACACACGUUAGGCUGUUUUAACUGUUGACUUUAACCUUUUAUUCUUUGUGACAAUGUGUUUGAUGAUUUAUUGUGCUACAAACCCAUGCUAAGUUUCCUUAUCUCUUUCCUUCUUUUCCUAACCGUAGGAGAGUAGAGACAUUAACUGCUGCUGCAGUGCUGGCUUCUUAUUGACAUAUCCAGCAAUUGUAACUUUUUUUGUUGUUGUUUUGUUUUUGGGGUUUUUUUAAUAUUUUAAAACGAUGGAGCAAAUUCAUGGGAUUAAGCCAUGUCUGAAACGAAAGGCACAAGAAUGUGUUAAAGGAGAACUUGCUGUAACAGAUAGACGAAGCCUGUGUUGACUGCAGCGAGACGUGUUGAAUCGAUGCUGGUAAAACCUCCUGUAGGGCCAAACCGCCAGCCCUGGAGCAUGCCUAGCACCUUUGGCGCAUUAGCAAGGCAAAGGCGGUUUAUUUAUUAACUGCAGCCAAAGCCCUGGGACUGAUCUUUUUUGGCUAGGGCCUGAGGUCUGGAGGAAAGGCAGGAGGCUGCUUUCGUGGUGGAGUUGCAGGUUGACGCAGGCCGUGAGUUCCGAGGCAAAAGCAGGUCUGUGGCGUGCGUGUGUGUGGUUUUAACAGAGGCUGAUGUGUGGGAAACUGUAUUGUCAGGCCGAGCAGGUAUGGUGGGAGGCCGAGGUGGGGAAGCAGGGAAAGGGCAUCUCUCAUCGGGGCGUGAGGCAGGGGUCGCAGAAGGUCUGUGGAGGGCUGGGAGGGAGGCCAGAGCCCUUGGCUGGGGCAGGGGAGGCAGGUUUCUAAUGCCGGGGAGUUGCAGCUCUGACUAGGAAGGAGAUUUACCUACUCUCUGAGGUGCGAGCUCCUCGUUUCAUGUUGCAAAUGACACUAAAGAAAUGAAAUGUAAAUAAAUUUAAAAAAAAAAAGUGUUCUUGGGUCGUCAAACUAAUUUAAAGAAAAAAAAAAAAGGCGGAAUAACGAAACACUGGGAUCAAAGUGAACUGAACCAGGCAUGUGCUAAGGGGGGUUGUUCAAGGAGGGGACAGAGGGAAGCCUGCAGCUUCUCAUGCUUGUGGGAAUAUUUCUUUGGGAAGCUGACAAUGACACGAUAACCCGGAAUCUGUAUUUACACACAAAGAUUCUUAUUGCACUUGUAUUUUUUAUAUUAAAGUUUGCAUGAUUUCUAAUAAAAUGGCAUUAAAAUGUACUAGUUUGCAUCAAAGUCGUCUGCUAGUUUCGUAAGUGCUUUUUCCUCUGAAUACAAAUUUAAAUAAGCAAUGCAGAUUUGCACCUGAAAGGGGCGGUUAUAUAUACCCUAGAAAACUCCCAGUGCUUCCCUUCCUCUUCCUCCUGCUCCUCCUCCUCCUCCUCCUCCUUCUCCUCUUCUUCCUCCCCACCUCUCCCUUCCAUGCCACAUCCCCCUGAUCCCAAACCAGGUCGCUCCCUGCCCUGGUGCUGUGUGUGCUGAGUGGCCUCGGCCAUCCCUGCUGCCGCGCCACCCCACACCGGCUGGCACGAACCUGGCCAGCUCUGCGGAGGGGAAGGCCAGAGCUGGGGAGGGGGCCGAAGCUGCCCUCCUGCCCUGGGCUCUGGGCUGGGCUCAGAAACCUCAUUUCUUAAAAGAGCCGAGCUGUGUUGGGAUGCUCGGGAGCACUCCGGCCGGUCCCAUGGUGCUGCCUCCGACCACCCGUUCACCUGCAUGCCGCCCUCCGGUAUAUAUCACUGCCCUUUCGCUGACGCUUCCUUCUUUCUCUUACUGCUAAAUUCUAAACACCAGUUUGAUCUUGUCAAUCUUGCGGUUGGUUUUGGUCUGGUUUUUUUUCCAGCACUUGAAUUGAGGGGAAGUUCGGAGGAGACCGAGAGGAGAGCAGGCUGACGGCCUCAGGAGAAGGCAGGGGCUGGGUGAUCCCAAGCUGUGCUGUGGAACCGCUGCGGGUGAGGGCAGGCAGGACGGCGGCGGGGGGCAGGCAGGUGCUGUGCAGAGGGUCUGCGGUGUGGGGCCCCGUGUCCCUGCCCGCAGUCGUGCUGGUGAGCGGCUGUAGGUCGAGGCAGGGAUGGCAGGUCCGGCAGUGGCUGUGGUUAACCAAAGAGGAAAGGGAAGCUGAAAUGUCGAGUUCCUCUCGCUGCCCUGCCGGGGGGUGCGAUGCCCGGGCAGCGGGAGGCAGCCGGCUCGUGGUUCAGGCGCUGCAGGAGGGAAGGCAAGUGGCAAAAUUGCACUUUAUCUUCUGAGACUGCAAAAAAAAAAAAAAAAAAAAAGGGCAAAAAGCAAGCAAACCCCUGAUGCCCUGCAAAGGGACAGCGACACCACCUUCUCCUCCUGCACUGCUUUGAUGUGACGUACUGACUGUGCGGCAGCCCCAGCCGGGGCUCCCGCGGCGGCGGUGGUGGCCAGGCCCGUCUGACCGUGCCCAUACCUUCCCAGCCCGUCGGGCAGCUCGGCUGACCACGGACCAGCCGCCCCGCGCUUCUGUGCCACUUUCUCUAACACUUGUUGUGCCUGUGUUUAGCUGACAAACUAAAUCCAGAUACACUCGUUUGGUGUGUUUUUUUCUAGGACAGCUUCAGUUUUAAUAUGGAUUUUCUUUUUUUAUUUUAAGGAAACGGCUGUACAUAUUGCUAGCCUGGGAAGAGAUCCAUGUGUGGUGAAAAUGAUUUUAGUUUCCUAUCUGGAGAGUGGGAGUGAGCUGGUUAGUGCUGAGACCUUAAGUGGAGGCUGCGGAGCUGCGAGCUGGCCGAGCGCUCGCCCAGCCGGGCAGAGCAGGGGAAGGAGCCGUGGUCGCCUUUGGCUUCGCCUAGGGCUAGAGGUAGCGGAUUCUCUUGGGGGGGGCGGGGGGGCGGGGGCAGAAGAGUUGUGGUCUGAAUUGGAUGCGACUUGAAUGUACACGCUUGUGUCCUGAGAUGCCUCCUGUGGGUCCUGGCUUUCUCUGGAGCUGCACUUUGCGUGACUGCGCUGGGGGCGGCAGCGUGGGGUGCGGGGGGGUCAGGGCAUGGAUUCGGGGAGAGGGGAGCAGGCAGGCGCUGGUGGUCUUGGUCGCCGCUGGCUGCGGCACAUGCCGGAGCACAGGCACCGGUGCUCCGUGCCGGAGCCUGCGCCUGCCUCGGGCAAGGUGCUCAGCAAAGACCUUUCCUGAGUCCCCAAGGUCGCGGUCAGGGUGAGCGUUGGCUUGGAGGGGCCUGAGGGGCUCAGGCGUGGAGCGGGCAGCACAGGCAGCGGUGGGGCUGCGGUGCGGUGGGGAGGGCUGGCUGGGAGCCCCUGCCCGGCCCUCGCGGGGUCCCCCCAGGAUCCCAGCAUCGCAGGCAGGAGGGUGUCCCCACUGCCCGGGCUGCUCAGCUGGGGUGGUUCCCUGCACAUCAGUGGCAUAUGCAGUUACUUUGGGGCUUUUUAUAGUUAAGGUACAUUCAAGUAACCAAGUUUGUGGGCUUGAGGCCAGAGGAGCAGGAGGCGGGAGCCAUGGUGGCGUCGCUGCCUGGCACGUGCCUGCCCUGGGUCAGAGCCCUGCAGCAAAGUGAAUGUAGUUUUCUACGCUGACCCUCACCGCUGUCCCCCACGUAGCAUCGGUGUGUGAGUGGGGCUGUAGGACCCUUGUGUGUUUGUGUUGUUUAGGCAGAAUUUCUAGUUUUCUUGAACUGUGGCAGGAGCUUGAUGUCAGUAACAACCUCGGGGGUGGCUGGAUGGGGAGGGGGGGACUGGCCGAGCCCCUCCUGAGCCGGUCCUGGCUCCUCAGUGCUGGCCCUGCAGAAGCCGCAGCUGGCGGGGGGCAGCAGCCCCCAGGCUCAGGAGCAAUUGUCACCCGACGGCCCUCCCGGCCCGGGCGGCCUGUGAGCAGGGUUGGAGGGAACUGCUCGGGAGGCAGCAGCGGGAGCUGCUCCAUCUGUCCCUCCUCACCGCCCGACACCCCGCUAGAGCCCGCAGGCGCCUUUCCCAUCUCCCGUGCUCGAGUCUUGCUGGCCGCCAGCCGGUGUCACGCGUCAGAGCAGACACGAGGCUCCUGCCUUGCAUCCGUCGUGACCGUCCCACCCCAGCGCUCAGCACUGCCCGCAGCUUCGGUUACCCCUGACGUAGGUACCACCGGUAAAGGCGCAGUGGUGGACAUGAGGGGGGGGGGUCGGACCUGAGUGGCCGGUGUGGCUGGGGGUGCAGGGCCCACCAGGCUGACCCGGCUCUUGGCUCCUUCUGUGCUCUCAGGAAGUCAUUUACCCUCCCUGCCUCAGCUCCCCCAUCGCCGAGGUGGGGACGCUACUACUUACCUCACCGGGCUGUUGUGAGGAGCGAGCAGUGUGUAAAGUGUUCUUUAAAUGUGACGUAUUACUACUAGUAGUAUUAUUUUUGUGUCACGGGGUUACUCGGCAGCAGCACCCUCCCCUCCGCGGCAGCGGGCGCACGGGGGGUGAGGGCCACUGCUGGCCCUGUACGCGGUGGGGUGGUGCUGAGGGGAGGGGGGGGGGGGGGCUGGGCCGGGGGGUUAGUGCUGGGUGUAAGGGCCCAGACAACAGCUCGGGGGGGUGGGGGGCCGGGCAGACCCCUCCCGCCCCGCAGUGGAUCCCUACCGGUUUGCUUCUGCCUUUCUGUCGCCCUCCCACGCGGGGCUGUGGCCGUCAUCCCCUUAGCAGCAUUUCCCGACUUGAUGUUGUGAUUCUUACUAUUGUAAAAGGUUGAAAUAAAGCUUCUAGAUGUUC